UUUGUUCAGUGUAGCUGGUUGGACGAUUUCGAUUUGUUGCCUCGCGGCCAUCGUCCUCAUCUUCAUCUAGGUACACCUCCAAAAAUGCCACUGGAACGAUUCCUGAAGCAUCCGUGGCUGGGUCUUUACAGGAUACCCAGUCAGUAUUUACCAUUUUGAGAAUUCUGACUGAAUCACCCAUUUUUACGGUGAGCUCAUCACUUUGUCUAGCAAUGAAGUCAUGCCGAACGAUGGCAAAGCCAAUUCCCUCCUCGGAGGUACUCUGUCGCUUGUUUUCUGUAUCGCUAUGACCAUCACUAGGCAAAUCAACAACAAUUUGAACAAAUGAUCGCGGAAAUAUCCCCGACUUCCCGUUAAUGUUACCCUCAAGCCAAUCCUUAUCAACUCGUUUUGUCAAAGUAACAAUAUCGUCAACAUUCAAUGAUAGUUCAUUGGCGAACUCAGCCGUAAAUGGAUAAAGUACUCUUGCAUAGGGUAACACAUUGUAGUUUGAAUUACUAACAUCUCUAAAUCGCACAUCCGUAAAAUUAGUUGUAA